GCUCUCUUCUCAGACAGAGCUCAAAGACCUAGCUAGCAGACACUUUAGUGUGCGCAUCGGGGAGAGAGAGCGGGCUAAAUGGGUGUAAUUAUACCUCUCUAGUUGAUCCGGAAGGUUGUUUUUGCCACCUAGCUCGUCAUGUGAUUGCCCCUGGCUUCAUAUGCUUAGUUUUUUUUUGUGAACUUGAUUUCCAGCCCAACAGUAGCCUACAUACCAUCGCAGAGAAGCCAAGUAGGACUUGUAAUCUAAUACCAGUGGCGCGUUUUUAGUAGGUUGGGGCUGUUGCUUUCCAAAAAGGUGGUGGACCCGACACAAGCCUCGUGUGGAGACUGUCACUUUAACUCUAGGUCUAACGAAAAAGGCAACAGCCGAACGCAAGUAGACCUGACACCUUUGUUUUUUAGUCGGAGACGUCCCGAGAAGGAGUGUCUCACUCCCAAACCAGUCUGUUCCCGUAGUGAUCUUUUCAAUCCCGCUACAAAGAAGAGGAUUUCAAGGAAUAUAAUAUAUGCGCAGAUUAAAAGGUCUCAAAGGCUGACUUGACAAUGGGAUCUACAAACCACUGAAGUGGCUCUGACAAAAGAACAGGGGAAACAGGAGGAAAGUAGAGGAGAAAAGAAAAGGAGAAACACUAAACAAAAGGAGAGGGGACUCUCAGAGAGAGAGAGAGAGAGAGAGCCCUUAUUGAAAAGAAAAGCGGAGGUCGGCUCGGGGAGGAUCAGCUUUGUCCAUCGGUGUGGGGUUGGGGGUGCAUGCUUGUCCUCUCCAGUGGGCUUCCUCCUUUGUGAGAGAGAGAGAGAGAGUUAACAAAAGACAAAGAAUGUGCAAUAAACAGAGAGGAGAAUGUCGACCGGCGGAGGAGGCUAGAGCGAGGAUGCCUGGUCUGGGGAGAAGAACCAGUGUGGUACUACUACUGGCUGUCCUGGUAGCCAUGGUCCAGGGACAGGUGGAGGUAAUGGGGGACAUGCUGCAGGAUGGACCCGGGAAGCUGGAGGCCUCCAUGCACUCCUCCAUACUGUCAGACUUCCAGGAGGUGGAGGCCUUGGAGCCGGUGGCGGCUACAGUCUAUCAGGCUGAAGUAGGAGCAGCAGGGGGGGAGUCAGGAAUCCCCGACUCGUCUGCUGUGGUGGGCCGGGUGUUUCAGAUGAAGGUCCCGUUGAAGACGGACCACACCAGCAACACUAAGAUCACUGAGUCAGGCAAGGAGACGCUACCAGCAUGGCUACACUGGAAGAGCAACAUCCUACAGGGUCUACCACUGGAGGAGGACAAGGGUGUCCACUACAUCGCCGUCUCCACAUCAAACGGCAGCCAGGACAUCUUCUCCAUCGAGGUGCACCCAGAGGAACAUGUGGACCCGAUCCAGCUAGCCAUUCAGUCAGCAUCCAACAAUGAGGUCAAGCCGUUUGUCUGCGGCACAGAGGAACCGGUGACGGUACUCACAGUGAUUCUGGACGCCGACCUCACCAAGAUGAGCUCCAGGCAGAGGGUGGAGCUGCUGGGCAAAAUGAAGAAGUUCUCUGGCGUGGAGCUCCAGCACAUGAAGAUACUUCCCGUGGUCAACAACAGAUUGUUCGACAUGACCGCCUUCAUGGCCGGACCGGGAAAUGCCAAAAAGGUGGUGGAGAACGGAGCCCUGUUAUCCUGGAAGCUGGGCUGUUCCCUGGACCAGAGCAAUGUCCCCAACAUCAGCAGCGUCCAGGCGCCAGCGAAAGAAGGCACUAUGUCUGCUCAGCUGGGAUACCCUGUGGUCGGUUGGCACAUCGCCAACAAGAAGCCUCAUAUCCCCAAACGGGUGAGGCGCCAGCUCAACAAUACCCCUACCCCGGUUCUUGUUGUGCUUCCCCCAACGUCUGUUGUCGAGCCCCCUAUUCGCAUCGUACCCACCCUGUCGUCACCUGCCAUUGCUGCCCCCACAGACAACUCUGCCCCACCCAUGAGAGGGCCUGUGCCCUUGCCCAUGAAGCCCACGAUCCGUGUCAGAGACUCAUAUGCCCACACUCCCACUCAGGGUGCACCCCUGCCAACCAGAGUGAUGGAGUCCACUAGUACCAUCUCCAUUGAACCCACUAUGACCAGGCAUACCGUUGUGGAAGCUACACCGACACUCCCUCCACCCACCACAGUUGCCACCAGAAAGCCAACCAAGAAACCAAAGAGACCGAAGACCACUCCGAUGCCAAGGGAGUCCAAGACCACCACAGCCAAACCAGCCAGGCGCACCACCCCUUCGUCCAUCGUGCCUGACCCAAGAAACGAGAAACCAGAUCUCCGCAACCCCAUCGAUCAGGUCAAUGCCUUCGUGGGCACAUACUUUGAAGUGAAGAUCCCAUCCGAUACGUUCUUUGACAAGGAGGACGGUACAACAGACAAACUAAGGUUGACCUUGAGGAUGAACCACAACGAAGUUGUCGGGGAUUACUCCUGGAUACAGUUUAAUAGCACAAGCCAGCUGCUAUACGGUCUUCCAGACUCAAAUCACGUUGGGAAGCACGAGUACUUCAUGCAGGCCACCGAUAAGGGUGGUCUGAACGCGAUCGACGCCUUCGAGGUCCGCGUGAACCGCUGGGCAUCCAACGAUAAGUCCCCGGUCCUGUUCCAGGCCCGCUUACACGGAGAACCGCGCCUGGUGACCAAUGACAUCCACAAGAAGAUUCUGCUCAUCAAGAAGCUGGCGUACUCGUUCGGUGACCGCAACAGCAGCACGGUCACCCUGAGGAACAUCACCAAGGGAUCCAUCGUGGUGGAGUGGACCAACAACAGCCUCCAGCAGAACCCUUGUCCCAAGGAGCAGAUUCAGACCAUGUCCAGGAGGAUCUCUGAUGCCCAGGGAAGGCCCUCCCAGACCUUCAUCUCCGCCAUGGAACCGGACUUCAUACCCAUCAGCAUCAAGGUCAAAGGAACGGGUGCCUGCCGGAACUACAUGUUUGUCCCGCCUGGUGAAAUCACUAUCCCUAUCCCUCCAGCUGUCACACCGGCACUGGGCACCGGACGCCAGAGCACAGACGACGUCUACCUCCACACGGUGAUUCCGGCCGUGGUGGUGGCGGCCAUCUUGCUGAUCGCUGGCAUCAUCGCCAUGAUCUGCUACCGCAAGAAGCGCAAGGGCAAGCUGACCAUCGAGGAUCAGGCUACCUUCAUCAAGAAGGGUGUGCCCAUAAUCUUUGCAGACGAGCUUGACGAUUCCAAGCCGCCCCCGUCCUCCUCCAUGCCGCUCAUCCUGCAGGAGGAGAAACCCCCUCUUCCCCCACCGGAGUACCCUAACAUGGCCAGUCCAGAGACCACCCCCCUGAACCAGGACCUUCUGGGUGAGUACACGGCUCUGAGGGACGAGGACCCCAACGCGCCCCCCUACCAGCCCCCGCCCCCCUUCACCGCACCCAUGGAAGGUAAAGGAUCUCGUCCAAAGAACAUGACCCCUUACAGAUCCCCACCACCUUACGUGCCACCCUAAGGGUUUAGCAGGCUCCUCCAGAGAAGGAGGAGGGAAGCAGGGGGACUUGUAACGGUCUCAAUCCAGUGUCUGUUUGGAAAUAAGGGGUGGGAGGAGGAGGACAAAGUGGGAACAAACUUUGGAUUUUGGGUUGGGAGGGUUAUGGGGUGAUCUGAUUGAAGUUCAAGUUAUUGGAAAGAUGGGAGGGAGGGAGAACUAGAUGUUAGCCGCGGCGACAGUAGCCACAAAAAGGACACUAUUCAGUCUGUCGUCUCAUUGGCUACAGCUGAAUGGCUAGUUUGGGAAGACACGCCCCUCUGGUCCCAGCGAUUUUUUUUUUCUUCUCUGUUUGAAACUUAAUGGGCUUUUGUUUUAAUUUAGUUAUUUGGUUCUGUUUCGUUUGUUUUUUGGGGGGGGGGGCUGACUUCAAACGACUUGCUUAACAACACUCUUUUUAUGUUAUUUUAUCUUGAAUAAUACAAGAAGAUAAUAAACAAACACACUGCAGGCAUAAAAUGUUUUUAAUAGAGAGAGAGAGAGUUCUAUGAAUAAAAACAGAAACAUCAUAAUCAUGUGGAUCUGCACCAGCCCUGCAGCUAGCCCUGCAGCUAGCCCUGUAGCUAACCCUGCAGCUAACUCUGCAGCUAGCCCUGCAGCUAACCCUGCAGGUAACCCUGCAGGUAACACUGCAGCUAGCCCUGCAGCUAGCCCUGCAGCUAGCCCUGUAGCUAACCCUGCAGCUAACUCUGCAGCUAGCCCUGCAGCUAACCCUGCAGGUAACCCUGCAGCUAGCCCUGCAGCUAACUCUGCAGCUAGCCCUGCAGCUAACCCUGCAGGUAACCCUGCAGCUAGCCCUGCAGCUAACCCUACAGCUAGCCCUGCAGCUAGCCCUGCAGCUAGCCAGACAGACAACACAGUGGCUUGUCGGGCGGUGGGUCAGUGUUUUGAGUCAAUAAGGUUAGCCUUUUAACACGAAUUGUAUAUUUGUAUCCUUAUUCACACAAUGUCUAGUCAAGAUGAUCAUAACAAAGUUGGCCUAAAAAAUCAUUAGAAAUGUAAAACGUUCUGUUUGUUUUAUUAGUUUUAUUUUUAAAUCCACUCUAUAUCUGGAUGGUUCUGAUAGAUAGAUAGAUAGAUAGAUAGAUAGAUAGAUAGAUAGAUAGAUAGAUAGAUAGAGGAUCUCUCCCUCGGAUCAGAAAGAAACGGUAAACCAAGUAGGUAGACCCAGCCCAGUCAGGACUAAACAAGCAAACAUUACCGUUAGCUAAUGUUAGCACGUAAGGCAACCAUGACAACUGUGAUUCUACAACAGCCUGGCCCAGUUAUUAUCAGAUGUGUAGUUUUGACUUGAAGCUCAAGGAUUUUUACCUUGCCUGGGUAUCCCGAAGCCACCCAAAAUCAUUCAAGAGGGAAAUACAAUACACUAUCCCCUUUUUAUUAUUAUUAUUAUUAUUUAAAAUGGCUCCCUUAUCCGAAUAUGAUCAUAACAUUGACCAUUUGAAUGCCAUGUUGCCUUUAUGGUGAUGCGAUGUGUCUUCUGUAUAUAGCUAUCGAUCGGCCUGUUGAAAUAAUAUUAAGUGUAUUUAUACUUAAAAAAAUGUUUGUGUAAAUCAGAUAUGGAAAAAGCCUCCUGCAGUUUAUUUUAGACAAGGAGUAAUUAUUUUUUUAUGUAGUGAUGAUGAUGCUCUUGUUCUCACAGUUUAUGCGGGAAACAAUUCAUUUGCUGUUGAGAGUGAUUUAGAAGGUCCUGAAAGGGAUACAAUCUUUAUUCACAACUCAAAGGUCAUUAAGAUGAGGAGAGGAGAUGGAGAGGAGAGGA